AUGGCUUCAGCCCAGUCAAACUCGUACUCUACCCCGAAGUGGUGGAAGGAGUCGGUCGUCUACCAGGUGUACCCAUCGUCCUUCCAGUCCUCGCCGGGGGCCAAGCUGCCGGGAUGGGGCACUGUCAAGGGCAUCACCUCGCGGCUGGACUACCUCAAGUCGCUGGGCGUCGACGUGCUCUGGACCAGCCCGAUCUACAAGUCGCCACAGGCGGACAUGGGCUACGACAUUGCCUCGUACAAGGAGAUCGACCCGCGGUACGGCUCGCUGGAGGACGUGGACGAGCUCAUCGCCGAGCUGAAGAAGCGCGGCAUGCGGCUCAUGAUGGACCUGGUGGCCAACCACACCUCGGACGAGAACGAGUGGUUCCUCGAGAGCCGCAGCAGCAGGGACAGCCCCAAGCGGGCGUGGUACCACUGGCAGCCGCCCAAGGGCCACGACAGCGAGGGGAGGCCCAUCCCGCCCAACAACUGGGCGCAGAUCCUGGGCGAGGCAAACUCGGCGUGGACGUGGGACGAGAAGACGGGCGAGUUCUACCUCAGCCUGUUCACGCCCGAGCAGCCGGACCUCAACUGGGAGAACCCCGAGGUCCGGGAGGCCGUGUGGGACGUGAUGCGCUUCUGGCUCGACCGCGGGGCGUGCGGGUUCCGCAUGGACGUGAUUAAUAUGAUCUCCAAGGUCCCCGGUUACCCGGACGCCGACGAGGUGCUUGGGCCUGGCCACAGGUACCAGCCUGCGUGGAAGUAUACUGUUAACGGGCCGCGGCUGCACGAGUUCCUCAGGGAGAUGCACGACACCGUGCUGAGCAAGUACGACACCAUCACCGUGGGUGAAAUGCCCGGCAUCAGCGAUGAUGAUGAGAUCCUGCGGACGGUCGGGGCGAACUCGGGGGAGCUCAACAUGAUCUUCAUCUUCGACGUGGUCGACAUCGACAGGUACGACGUCAGGAUGACCCUGCGCCCGUGGACGGUGAAGGAGAUGAAGGGCAUUAUUAGCCGGUGGCAGAAUGUCAUGAUCGAGAAGGACGGGUGGAACUCGGUCUUUAUCGAGAACCACGACAACCCACGGUCCAUCUCGAGGUACGCGAGUGACAGUGAUGAGAACAGGGACAACUCGGCGCGACUGCUGGCGCUGAUGCAGACGACGCUCGGCGGCACGGUGUUUGUCUACCAGGGGGAGGAGAUUGGAAUGCGGAACUGCCCCAAGGACUGGCCCAUCGACGAGUUCAAGGACAUCGAGACCAUUAACUACUGGGAGAAAACCAACACUAUUUACAAGGGCCAGCCGGCCAAGAUCGCAGAGGGGAGGGAAAUCAUCGACGCAAAAGCAAGAGACCACGCCCGCACGCCAAUGCAAUGGGACGCCUCCCCCAACGCAGGCUUCUGCCAACCAGACGUCAAGCCCUGGAUGCGCGUCAUCGACGACUACAAGACGGUCAACGCCGCGGCGCAGGUGGGCCUCAAGUCGGACUCGGAGCUCUCGCCCUGGCAGUGGUGGCAGCGGGCGCUGGCGGACCGCAAGGAGCACAAGGACGUCUUCGUCUACGGCGGCUUCGAGGACCUGUCGGCGGACCACGAGGCCGUGUACGCGUACGCGCGGACGAGCAGCACCACCAAGGGGGAGAAGUGGGUCGUGGCGCUCAACUUCUCGGGCGCCGAGCAGAGCUGGUCGCUGCCUGCGGGCGUCGAGGUCGACUUCUGGGCGGCCACGACGUAUGGAAAGGGCAGGGCCGAGGGGAGGGCCGUGUCUGGGAAGGUCACGCUGAAGCCUUGGGAGGGGCUUCUUGGGAAGUGCAAGGCUUAG